AUGGAACAACCUAUUGAGUAUGAGUGGCUUCCUACCAAGUGCUCUAAUUGUAAGAAGCUGGGACAUACUGCUACCUCAUGUAAGUUUGUUGCUGGAGUCGCCUGGAGGAAGAAAGAGUCUAAGAGCAUACCAGAAACUGAUAUAUCUAAGGAUGUAGCUGCUGAUGGUUCAAAGCAGUGUAGCUCCAGAGUGGUUCAACAAACUCCUCAAGAAGUUUCUCAAGAUGGUGCUGGUCCUAGUGAUAUAUGUUGGCAUGUUCCGAAAAGAACUGGGAAUGUGAAAACUACUGUACCGGUUCCUUUUGAGCAAUCUCAGAAUUCUUAUAGUGUUCUGCGAGAGAAUCUGAAGAAUCCGAAUGAUUUGGUACCUACUGGUCUAAAUGGAGUUUUGCAACAUACUGAGCUGGAACGCAGAAUUAUGUUGAUUUGGAAAGCUCAUCUAGCUCAAGUUGAUGUUAUUCAGGAGAAUGCUCAAUUGUUGCAUUGUAGAAUAAUCAUGGGGGAUUUUAAUGCAGCCUUUAAUGUUAAUGAUAGAAUUGGAGGGAGACCUAUAUCAGUGAAGGAAAUGGAGGAUGCCCAACAAUGGCUGGCUCUCAGCAUUCUUCUUAUUAAGCAUGUUGAAAUUCAAAGAAUGGGAGUUAAGCCGUUUUGCUAUUAUAACAUGUGGUCUUCUCAUGCUCAAUUAAGGGAAACAAUGUUAGAUAGCUGGUCCAAACCUCUCUGUACUGAGUGCAGUGGAUUGGCGAAGUUAGUUGAGAAACUGGUUCGGCUCAAACAUGUUCUAUGGAGGUUUAAUUGGAGGGUUAUGGGUGAUGUUGGUUGUAACUUUGGGAGAAGUAAAUACUUGUUCCAGCAGGCCCAGUCUACUCUGUAUGAUUAUCCUAGUAAUAUCUCUAUGAUUUCUACAAAAAGAGAAGCUUAUUUGGAGUUUAGUAGGCAAGAGAAAAUCUAUGAGAGUUUUCUUCGCCAAAAGAGUAAAAUCACUUGGCUUAGGUUUGGGGAUGAAAAUUCUUCUUAUUUUCAUGCUAGUUUUAAGAAAAGGAAAGUUGCCAACAGGAUAGUUUCUUUCAUUUCUGCUGAUGGUACAAUUAGUUUCCUGGGCUGUGCUAGUAGGUAUAAUGUUCAUAUUGACCCUCAAAGUAUCACUUUUGGUCCGGUUUUAGAUCUUGAUACCCAGCUGGAGUUAAGUAAGCCUUUUUCCCUUCAUGAUGUUAAAGUUGCCUUAUUUAGCAUCCAUUCAGUCAAGAGCCAUGGUCCUGAUGGGUAUGGGGCUGGUUUUUUCAAAGACUUGUGGAAAGAUAUAGGUAAGGAAGUGUCUUUGGCUGUCCUUGAUUUUUUUGAAACAGGAAAAAUUCCUAAAAGUUUAAAUGAAACGCUUCUGGUGCUUAUUCCUAAGGUGGACCAACCAACUAAUGCAGCUGGUUUCAGACUUAUAACUUGCUAUUUGAUUAAGGUGUAUAAUAGGAAAAAUAGUUCUCCUAGGUGUGCUAUGAAGAUUGAUCUUAGUAAAGCAUAUGAUUCUAUUGAUUGGGAUUUCUUGGAGAAUUUAUUAAAUGCUCUUUGCUUUCCUAGUAGAUUCAUUAGAUGGAUCAUGGUUUGCUUGAGGGGUGCUUCCUAUUCAUUAGUGAUGAAUGGUAGAAUUCAAGGGCAUUUUAAGGGAGGCAAAGGUCUUAGGCAAGGAGAUCCAAUCUCUCCUAUGCUCUUUGUUAUUGUGAUGGACUACCUUACCCGAAUAUUGAUCAAAGCAUCCAAGGAGAAAGGUUUCAUAUUUCAUCCUAUGUGCAAAUCUCUAAACCUUGUAAAUCUUUGUUUUGCUGAUGAUCUGCUUAUCUUUUGCAAAACUAAUUCUCAAUCAGUGCAGAUCCUUCAUAGAGCGCUUGCUGAGUUUCAAAAGGUUUCAGGCUUAUCUAUCAACCACAAUAAAUCUCAUAUCUACUUUGGAGGGUUGUCAAAAAUUGCUAAAGCUCCUAUUGGGAUCCCGAAGAAAAUUCCAUCUUUCUUCUUGGGAAUUUUUUUGUCGUCGGAAGGCUUAUGGAGGCCUGGGAUUUUGAGAAGGGCCAGCAUGGAAUAA